AUGGAUGACCAGCCCUCCCAUCGGAUACAUAUAUCGGAUAUGCUGAUCCUCCUGUCACGCCGUCGACAAGGGGAAGAAGGCGUGUCGCGCGUGUCGCGACGGAGGAUGGAGGAGGGAGGGCUGGACGAAUUCUCGCCUCGGCCCGAGAAGUUUUGAAGACGUCAGAAGGAGAAGCCGUCGUCGCUUCACACGAUGGCUCGCCGCCGCCAACUAUUCCUAGUACUUUUGGCCUUAUCGAUAACAGGUCGGCUUUACCUUUCUUUCAUUUCUAGUUACUUUAAUUCUUCCUACUUCAUUAUCCUCAUUUUUCUCUUCGCUUCUUCAUAAUUUCUUUUCUUGGCCAGAUGCCAGAAGCUUUUCUGAUUUACAAAAACUUGAAGAAAGUCUUCAAACUUCUAUCAAAACUUACAAAAAGCUCUUUUUUUUAACUUUUAAAAUGAAUAUGUUAAGGACUGCUAAGCUUUUUUCUUUCUUUCAAGUAUUUUUUUCUUCUUCUUGUUGUUUUUUUUUCUCUUUGACUGAUAAUAAUUAGAGAUAAGAGAUUUUUUUGGAAUCUGUGGAUUAUUUUCAGCUCCUUUUUUUUCACUUCUCAAAGAUGUUUUUCUUAAGUUCAUCACAAUUCCUUAUAAAAUUUGGAGUUAGAAACAUCAUCAAAGUCCCAAACAUUGCGAAAAACGAAUUUUAGGUGGUUUUCGAUGAUUUCUGUUUCCAAUCAAUGUUUUUAAAUGAAAUAUCUUUUUCAAGAAGCUAAUUUAUUUUUCAAUCGGUGUUCAAGUUGUUUUUUUCAAAAAGCAAAAUAUGCCUAGGAGGACGUAUGCGAGAAUUUUUUUACACUAGGUCAAAUUUUUUUGAAAUUUUACCGGAUAUUUUUUUCUUUGUAGUGUUAAAUGUAUACUGAUAGAAAUUUAUCCGUUCUUCUGAGCCUUUGAAAAAAAAAUAUAGCAAAUCCGAAGAAAAAAGAAAAAAAAUAAAUUUUCGCUUUUUUUGGAAUCAGAAAUUUUUUUUUUGCAGUUUUAGCAGUUUUUUUUAAAGUACAUUUUUUUGUGAGCUCUCAUUUUGUAUAGCACUUAGGGAAUAUGGUUUCGUAAAUUUGAAUAUUUGAGAAUGUUCCAAAUUGAUGAUCCUGUUGUGUUUCAAUAUCGACUUGCAUAGGAAAUAUAAUUGUUCUCGAAAUACUUUCUCGAUUUCUUAUAAAACUCUUCCUCCGUGUUAGUUCACAUAAAACGGAUUUGGAGCAAUUUUUCUCUAUUAAUUUUGCUCACAUUUAAUUUUAUAAUUUUUUUAUGUUUUAUAAGAACAUUUUUAAAAACAACAGGCUCUGAACUACUAUAAAAAUAGAAAAAGCUCUAACUAGUUUUUUCCCCCUUAAAGGUCAUUUGUUCGCCGUUUUACACGCUCUAUUAUUCUUCGUUCUUUUGAAUAGACAGCGAAACGGAACAUGCGCAAACAUUUUGUUACAAUAAUGACAAACUCUCGGUUUUUUUAUUUCAGAAAUUGGAUAAAUAAGGUUUUUUUGAGCACCGUACGACUGAAGCUAGUGGUGAAGCAAAUUGCAGUACUUUCUUUAUUUUUUCAACUUUAUUUGAAAACAUCUUUGAAAGGCAAUCUUUAUGGAACAUUAUCAUCAUAUCUUCCGAAUUCAUCAGUCAGAAAGCUUGAAAAGGGCUCCAUAUUCGAUUUCUUCAGCGAAAAGUUAACAAAAUGUUGUCCUACUUUUGUUUUUAGCCUCAUUUGUUAGUUUUUUGAUUUUUUUUUUUUUCUAUUGUCAAGUAGUUCAGUUACUCUUCAUAAGAUAAAAAAUAGAAAAAAAAAACUACUUUUAUCAAUAUUUUUUUGUAAUAGUUUUUUUCAGAAAAUUGGGAGACGGAAAUUUUGAAGAUAAAAAAAUUUCAGAAAAAAGCGACUUUCAGUUCUAUAGGUGGAAAAGCUGAGGAUGCUGAAGUCAAAAAUAAUAAAAUUAAAACUUUAUCCGUGUAAUAAGGCUCUCUAGUAUCAACUUUACUCCCUCUAGUGGUCACUUUUAUUUUGUCCCAUCUCUGAAACUAUCACUUCCUUCAGCGGUCACAAAAACUUUUUCAAAAAGAAAAUGCCAACGUUCAUUUUUUGUUCUGGCACGACCAACUUUUGUACAUAAAUAGGGCUUUUUGGAGGCGACACUGGUUUUGUCGAAAAACGGCAAGGGGUCGAGAGAGAGGAACAUCUCGAAGACUGGAUCCGCCCGCCUUCUUCUUUUCUUGCUUUUCCAUGCCAUCCAUCCAUUUUUCGACACCGCUCCUAUCAACGGCAUGUUGCGAAAAAAUGUUCCUUUUUGUCAAGGGCUAUUAUUCAAAAAACUUUUUGCUGCAAAAGGAAAAUGUGUUAAUUUUCGUCUCUGCAGUGUAAUAUUUUAAAGGCGCGUUCGGCAUUUUGAAGAAAAUGGCUUCGAUCUUUUGUUGCCGAAAAAUGACGGUGUUUCACAAAUUAAUAGCUCUUCUUCAAGAAAAGCUCGUUUGAAAACUUUUGCGUUCUGUGGUCAAAAAAAGUUUGCCCUUCACCGAUUCUCACGAAUCUAAUUAAAAAAAUCAUUGUAUGAAUUUUCAACUAAAAUGCCUUAGAUCACAGUUAUUCUACUGAAGGAAUCUAGACUCAAUGUUUCAUGUGCCAGAAGUUGAAACGAUCUGUUCGCAGGUGGAAUGGCUAAAUGAGUUGCGGUCGCGUUGCGGUUAAAAUCAGAAACAUCAUUUUUUGAUUAGCUUGUGGUCAUGCGCAUCUUAUUGAUACUUUCUUCGCGACCGUUACGCGUCUAGCCAUUCCCUCUGCGACCAUCUUUUUUCAGUUAGAGUCUGUGCGAAAACAACUAGGUUGUUAUAUUUAACAACUUUACAACCAGAAAGUUGAAAAAUAAAGGUUAAAACUGAUAUUUUUACCGAUUCUCGCUUUCUUUCUCCUCAAAAUUUGCCCACUUUUUAUGAUUUCACACGGCCCUUUGACCUUCUGCGUAACGUGGGAUUUUUCUCGCCUCCUUAUCAAUUGAAAUUUUACACCGAUCGGAACCGACGGAUAUCAGAAAAAAAGGCUCAGACUUGACAAGAAAUUGAAGAGAAAAAGGGAAAAAAUGGCCGGUCAUUUCUCUCGUCGUCGUCGUGUGUGUGGAUGCGUGUGUGACGUUUAUUGCGGUGGCGACGGUGUCAGCGGCUGGAUCGCGCAAAAGUGAAACGAAGCGAAUCGAGAAGGCGAACGAGAAGAAGGAGAAGAAGAAGCCGUUUAAGGUUGAGGUGAUAUAUCAUCGCCGUGUCGGCCAGCCACGAGGGACCGUUAGCCUUGAACGAGCCAUUUUUUGCAAAUAAAUGAAAAAUGAGUUCUUGGAGUGAUCAUGUAAAAUAGUGCGUGGGAGGCAUGAAAGCCAAAACAUGUGAAGAGUGCGUACUAAAUAGUAAUUUUUACAGUUUUCUAGAAGUUUUUUGGGUUCAAGCUCUGAAAACUGUUCAGUGAAACUCAGAAAGUUCAAAUUUUCGUAAACUAAAACUUCGGGUAGGGUAGGCAGCUAUUUCGAAAGGUUUGAAAGGAACUAUAACAUGUUCAGAUGUUGAAUUUCAAGUAAAAUUACGUCAUUCGAAAACGCUCUGUAGAUGGCCCGCUUUCUGAUUGGUUAAUCAAGCUAUUAGGGGCGGAGCUUGAGCAUCGACUUGAAAUUCAAAAUCUAAACAGACUUUGUACCUUCAAAAAUUUCUUAUUCGAAAGGUCCAAAAACACUUAUUUCCUUGUCAGAGAAAAAAAAACCCAUAGAAAAUCAGAAUCAAUCAAGGAACCAAUUUUUUUUUUAUAAUUUCCAUGCUCUUCGCCUUUCAAAUUUUCAAAGCCUCAAAAAAUUAGAAAUUAUAUGCCCUUUAUGGACAACUUUUUUCUCCUCCCUUCUUCAAGCCAUUCCAUCACCUUGGACUUUUGAAUCCCUCAGUUUUUCACAUCAAUCUUGACACUUGUCCGAUCAUUGCCCGAUUCUGGUCGGAAAAUUGGCGAAAGUGGUCUUGAAAUCUUGUUUGGUUCUGUUCCAAUGCCCCAUUGUUUUUUUCAAAGAAAUGAUAUUAUUUUUGAGAAAAACUGUCGGUUUUCAGGGUUCAUUGAUCAUGUCAACGCAGAAGCCAAUGAAAUCGAAUCAUCCGGUCAGUUUUGUUUAGAAAACUUUCCUUCUCACUUAAAAUUUUUGUUUCUGAAUCUAAUUGUUCUACCAUUUUUUUAGUUUCGAUUAGAAUAUAUGAUAAGAGUAGCCUUAUUGGGCUUUUAUUUGAAAAAAAAAUCAACUUCAUCUUAAUUUCGAAAAAUAGUCGUUUUUACGGAUAGUAAUAUAGGUAUUUUUUUGCACUUCCAAAACCUGAAAUAGUAAAAAAAAACAGAUAAAAAGUUUUAAAAUUGAAAAAUUUGAAACCUUUCAGGAGAAAGCCCCGCCCACAUGCCAGAUUCGGAAGGAAUCGAGUCAGAUGAGAAGGUUUUUUUUCGCUUUUGAUAUGAGAUUCAAUUGCACGAUCCUAUUAUAUGUCUUCAUAUUUCAUUCUUUUGGUUUUUUUUUACUUUUUUUAUUUAAUCGAGAUAAGUUUAGCGUAGCACUAUUUUUUAAAUCCAUUUUUUUCUGAGACUUCUUUUUGAAAAGAAGUUUGGUACAAAUAUAUGGAAUCCUGAAAAGAACCUACAGUUCUCAAAAUUUUAUCAUCUUUUGGAAUAAAAAUUCCUGAUCUGAAAAUUUUAUUAUUGUGUAUAAGCUGCUUUUCCCCCAGAAAUUUCGUAUUUUCAUCUUAUUUCUCGUUUUUUUUUUGUCCAGUAAAAUCAUUUUUCUCUGAUAAUAUGUAAGGCCUCAGCUUCUCUAUAAACCCAGAAACAUUCCUGAAAAAUUUAAAAAAAGUCUAUUUUUUUAAGGUUAUGGAAUCUUCUAAAAAAAUGAUAACUCAGGCUGUAGGUUUCUAAAAAAAUCAAGUGUUUAGUACUGAAUUAAUCAGGAAAUUUCACUUGGUUUUUUUUGAGAUAUUAGCUUUUUUUCAAAUUCAUUCCCAGAGUAAGAGCGAGGAGAGCGCAGACGCGACAGAAGGGGCGCCUGGAGGCGGCGGCGAAAAGUGCAAGGAUCGACACGAUCUCUGCAAAUUUUGGUCGUCGAUCGGCGAGUGCGGCACCAACAAGGAAUGGAUGGAAGACCAUUGUCCCGUUUCUUGCGACGUCUGUAAUGGUAAUGAGUUUUUGAAAAUUUGAAAGUUGCUUUUUUUUUGUUCUAAAAUUGCUUAUAUAUUGCUUAUCUGAUUCAAGCAGUAUUUGAAAAUUUUAAACCGUCUUAGAAUAUUUUUUUUUGAAUCAAAAUUAAAUAUAGGCAAAGUCGGAAGGACCCUCCGAGGCUGCUGGAAAACUCCAUAGAAAUAUUCCUUUUAGGGUGAUAAAGGCUCCCUUUUUGCUGCCUUUUCGCCCCAUUUUCUCACACGGGAAGUGCGAAAGGUCGAGGUAUUGGAAUUUAAUGAAACUUGGUAUAUAGGUACUACCGAACACCCUGAAUCCAAUACAGUUGAAAAAAAGUGCGCCUUUUUGGUUUUAGUCGAGUUAGGGCGCCUCAAAGUUUGCACGCAAAAAUUGCAUUGGAAGGGAGGAGGGAAUGUGUUGCGGCGGCUAACUCUAGCUGCCAGCAGGCGGCGUGGUGUAGUGGCUAGCGGCCUUGCGCUGUGAAACCUAUGAUGCAGGUUCGGUCCCUUUUUGGUGAAAAAUUUUAUUUUUUUGCCAAUUUUUUUAUUUGAAAAAAAUGAGGAAGUUUUUGAUGAUGGAGUGAAAGAACAGCUCAAAAUUUUGAAAUUCGCCAUUUUAUGCCCAUCUGAGAAAGAAUAAAACAAAAAAUUUUUUUGCUCCAUUUUUUCUUGCCAAACCAUAAGGCUUAUGGUCGACCCAUUCUUUCAAAAAAAUUUCUGAUGAACCAAUAUAAUCAAAGUUUUAUGAGAUUUAUUCUUCUUUCCUUCCUUUAUGACGUUAUGUGUGUAAAAAUGCGUAUUAAAGUCCAGCUUCACUUUAUUUUCACAAUCGAGAUGAUAUGGCGAUGCUGCAGGGAAUGAAAAAAAGACAAGGAAAAAGGGUUAACUAACCGCCAUCUUUGAAGAAAAAAAUCGUUUGAUGAAUAAGAAUAGAAGCAUAGAACUACAAUAAGUUGUUAUUUAUAUCACAAACCUAUGAGCUCUCGCAAGAAUAAUCUCGACGCCCAAAUUUCCUGCACAGAGCAGGACAAAAAAAGACUAAAAAAAAUGUUUUUGUUGAAAUUCUUUCUCAAAACGACAUAAAAUAGUGAAUUUUAACACUUUGAACAGUAUUUUUCGUUCCAUCUUCAAAAAUUCAUCAAUUUUUUCGAAAAACUUCUUAGCAAAAAAAAAUUUCACCAAAAAGGGACCAAACCUGCAUCAUAGGGUUUCACAGCGCAAGGCCGCUAGCCACUACACCACGCCGCCUGCUGGUAGCUAGAGUUAGCCGCCGCAACACAUUCCCUCCUCCCUUCCAAUGCAUUUUUUGCGUGCAAACUUUGAGGCGCCCUAACUCGACUAAAACCAAAAAGGCGCACUUUUUUUCAACUGCUUUGGAUUCAGGGUGUUCGGAAGUACCUAUAUACCAAGUCUCAUUAAAUUCCAAUACCUCGACCUUUCGCACUUCCCGUGUGUCAGCCUUUUUGCACCAGUUUUGCAGCUUUUCCCUUUCUCCACCAUUUCUCGAGCCUUUGAAAUCACAGAAAAAUGGAAGACUCGAUAAAGGGACUCCACUUCCUUUUUGCUGCCGUUCUGCGGCCUUUUUCGAGCCUCUCCCCUUUUGCUGCCAUUAUCCACCAUUCCGACUUUGCCCUAGAAUAUAAUUCCUUCUUCUCUAGGAGGUGUAUGAACUGUGGAAAGCUGAAAGUUUGAAGAAGCAUUCUUGUUUCUGUUCUUUGGAAAACUUUUCAGCAAGGCCAGCAAAAAAUAAACCCUCGCAUCCUCUUGAGAAGUCUAAUUGGUCCUACUAGACUCUCAAACUUACUGUAGUGGUUACUAAGACGCGAAAUAAUGGCUUCUAAAGAGGUUUUUGCGGUGGCCACUUUAGUUUCCUCUCCAAGAAACCCUCGAGGAACUUCUUAAAUGGCCACUAGGUUUAUUCCCAGUCACUGUAAUUUUUUUCCUCGUCAUAAGAUGAAUGGAGUUUGGUAUAGUUGUAAAAUGAACCUUGACGAUUCUAUUUUCUGAUCAUUGGGUUGGCUUUUCAUUACGACACGGUUCAUGCUUCUUUCACGUGCUGGAACGGUUCAAAAAAGUGUAAAAAAUGAGGAAAAAGAAGAUGAAGACGUUUAGGGACGAUGACGUGCAUUGAUCGUCAUCGCCUGUGCAACUUCUGGGCGGCGAUCCGAGAAUGCGAAACGAACGCCGUCUGGAUGCUCUCCAACUGCGCGAGGUCCUGCAAAGCUUGCAAAGGUUCGGAUUGACAGGAACAGGACUUUCAAAUACUUGAAAAAGCAGCUCAUAAGCACCCGAAGGACAAUAGAAUUUUUCUGACGCUUGUAAUUACUUUUUUGCGUUGCUUAGUUAUCAAUGAUGAUCUUUAAAUAUCGCUGAAGUUUUUUUCCGGUCCAAAAACUUAAAAAAAAAAGUCAAAAAAAGGCAAGAAAAGUACUGUAGCCACGGGGGCGGAGUUAGCUGUUUUACAUUAAAAACCUGAACAGACUAUAACUCAAAAAUUCAUGACUUCAACUCGUUGCUUCAUUUUUUGUUGAUCUACAGGAAAAUCGAUCAGCAGCCAUGGCGGCAGUCGGGCGGACGGCGGGUUCCGCGAAGAGGACUGCACUUUUGUCACCACUCAUGAAGGUAUUUCUCCGAACUAAUCUCCUAUUUCAAAGCUUUCAGAUACGUCGCAUCGGAAGACGAUCUCGAUUAAUGACGUCCGCAAUUCCAACGCCAACUUCAACUGCGCUCCAACGCAACAGCCGCCGAAUUGCAACCGCAAUUUGUGCUAUCACUUGAGGUCAGAAACUGCAGAUUCUUUAUAAGUGUCUGAGUUAUUUUCGUUUGAAAAAUACGGAUAGUGGAAUAUUGUGAACGCAAGAUGUAUACAGGGAUAGGUCUCUGAAAAAUCUCACUUUUAAUAGCUAUAGAAAGAUUUUUUUAAAAGUUUUUUUGCAACAUUUCAAAAAAUGGCUGAUAUUUUCAGAUGUCCGCAAGUUAAAAAUAGAACAAAGCUCAAGAAGAAAAGAAAAAAGAAGUGGAGUAAAUUAGGUACUUUAAAGACAUUUUGGCGCCGUUUUAGGGGCAAGCUGAGGUUUUUUUUGUAGCUUUUUUUAGGAGAAUCUAAAAAAGAGCUUGGAUUUUUUUUUUUGAUAAAGCGUAUCGGACGCGCGGCGCACCUUUAUGAGCAUUUCUGGUAAUUACCCAGAAGUUUGUACCCCUAAAGGUAUCACUAGAAAUGCUCAUAAAAUCCGAGCAUGCCUAUGAGGUGCGCUGUCGACCGUAUUUAUAAAAAACGAAGUUUUGUUCUUUUUUUUUUUGCUCAAGACUCCUUCUCAGAUAUGUAUGUUAAAGUCUGAUCAAUGCUUUUUUCAGGUUCCGAACUUUCGAUGGAACCUGCAACAACCUGAAGGAAUCCAUGGCCGGUUCGGCUUUCACGGCUCUGAUGCGACUGAAAGCCGCCGCACUACGACAAUGGACUCAACGCCCCGACUUGUCCGUUUUCCUCUGUUCUUUUAGUCGCAUUUGGAAUGGCUUGAGACGUUGCGGCUUGCCUUUUGAAGCAGCGGCUUUAUUUCUACGUCUUGAGCUGUUCCCAAAGCGACCAGGGUCUUCCAAGUUGAGUAAAAUGUAGCUUGAUGGUUUAUAUUUGAUAGACGCUUUGAAUGAGGAGUUAUUUGUUUUCCGUUUUCAGCAUAAGUAGAUCUGAGAUAAAGAAAAACAGAAGAAAAGCGAAAUUUUCUAAGAGGACUUACCUGUGUCUAAUUGAGCAUCUUUUCACUGACUUGUAGGUUAAAUUCUUCUGAAAAAUAAUCAAUUAUGUGCAAUAUCCUGAAAAUCUAAACCUACACAACCUCUCAGUUUUCGAGAAAUGAGGGCUCAGAUUCUGAAAAUUUAGUGUUUUUUCCGACUUGCGGUGUGUUUUUUUUUUUCGAAAACUACCAGCUUUCCCAAGUGGAGACCUUCAAAAUCUUACAUCAAGGAGUGUUCUGACCAAGUUUUAGGAAAUUCUCAACCGCAAACUGAAUGAAAUUACCUCCCUUGUGGGUUAAAAAUAAAUGAAUUUUCGUUUUUUUUUUCACGAUACUUGAUCAUUUCCGUUCAUUGAACACUUCAGAAAGACAAUAAUUUUGUUUCAAAAUAUCAUUAUUCAAUUCAGCCUCUUUCACCCGGUCGAGACCAUCUUCUCGGGAUGCUUCGCGGCUUCUUCUCUCCUCUUCCUCCCAGGUUUUCAUUUAAUUUUUUUUUUUGAUUUUUCUUUUUAAGGUUUUGUGCUAAGUUAUACGCAUCAGACUUUUCGAUGCUUGAAAAUAACAUUACCCACUUUUUACACCUGUUUGUUCUUAGCUGUCCGAAUUCAGAUCCCCCACCACUCCAACGCUCUUCUGAUGCAAUGGGGACAGUUCAUUGCUCAUGACAUGGCCAAGACCACCAUGCUCAAUAAUCAAGUGAAUUCUCCAUACGUUUCAUCAGCCAAAAUGUUUCCCUUAGGAAUGUGCCGCCUGCACAUCUAACCAGGGCCGAUGCUUCUCCGUUUUCCUGUCCCGCAGCGAUCCGACGUGAGUUUCAAGGGGAAAAAAUAGAUUCUGUUUCUUGACAGCUACGGUAAUGAGACCAUUGAGCAGGUUCGGACGGUUCAUGUGUCUUCCCGUGGCGAGAUCAACGCCAGUCUGUGGCACCGGAAUCAGCAACUUCCGCGAGCAGUACAACGAGAACACGGCCUACAUCGAUGGAUCGAUGGUAAGAAUUCUAUUGAUUGAUUUUUAUUAUUUUAAUUUUGCGUGUAUUAUCUAUUUUCUUUCUCUUAAAUUCCUCGUCUUUUUCUUGGCCUUUUGAUUGGUUUUGCUCCAGCGAUCUCAAAUAUCCGUCAUUAAUGCAAAUUUUUGUGAAAAAGCUUCUAAAUGAAAGCAAGAAGAAAACGUCAAAACGUGUCUAAAUAAUCAUUUUUUGAGCUCACUUUUUGUGUAGACUCUUUUUUUUGCACCUUUUUCUCUCUAAUCUCAUGUAUUUUUCUUGGCCAUUUCACAACAAAUUCUACUAUGCGUCAUUAUUUCAAAUUAUCGUUAAAUUCUUCAAGUUGAGGCAAAAAGAACCCAAAACGUGUAUUUCUUGCCAUUCUAAUAAUGGACAAGAUCUAAAUUUCGGAAUACUGCAAAAAAGGCUAUAAAAUAAAAGCAAAAAGUCUUUUUCAACCAACCCUGGACUCCAUUAUUUUUUCUUCACUUUUAUUCACUUUGCCCGGUUCUUUCAGAUCUACGGAAGCAGUGACCGAGACCAGUUCCUGUUCCGACAAGGCGCCUUCCUCAAGACGAAGCUCGUCAACAGCAGAGUUUUCCCACCAAUUGGUUGGAUUCACUAGAUAAUUGGGGAAAAUCCAUAAAAUUUGAGAUAAGAACAACAACGUCGUGGCUGGAGAUGACCGGGCCAAUAUUUUCGUCGGACUCGCCGCCCUCCACACGCUUUUCUUGCGACAGCAUAACAGGUUGAAAUGCGGAGAUUAUCGCUGAGAAAAUCAAUUCUGACUCGUUGAGAAAAUCAUUUUUCAUGUGGAGAUCACUCAUAAUCUCAAUUAGAUAGGCGAUUUUUUGAGGGAUUUUUAGUCGUUGAGUGAUCACUUGAGGGGUGUUAGGGCCUCAAAAAAAUCAGUCUCACUCAUAAUCUCAAUUCCAAAGCCGACGCUUUGAGAGAGUUAUCAUUUAAGGGAAGUAAAAGCCUCAUAAAUGUUCGAUUUAAAUGACAGAACUUUUCAAUAAGCCCUUCUAGUAAUAUAUAUAUAUAUAUAUAUAUAUAUAUAUAUAUAUAUAUAUAUAUAUAUAUAUAAAUUCAAAUUAAAAAUGUUUUUCUCUUUGUCAGACUCUCCGUUCUUCACACGUUUCACUUGAGGCAUAUAACAGGUCAAAAUGCAGAUUAUCGCUCUCGUAAUAAUUAACGACGAAUCAAUUUUGCCAUGUUCUAAUAUUAUUUCUGAAACCGAAGUUUUGAUAGAUUUUUAGUCGUUUAGUGAUCACUUGAGGGAAGUUAGAGCCUUAUAAAUUUUCGAUUCAAAUUACAGAAUUUUCCUAAAGCCCUCCUAUUCUCUACUUGCCACAUCAAAAACUACUGCAGAAAUGUCUGAAACUCUUAUUUUUGCAUAGUCUUUCGCGUAAUCUAACCUUCCUAGUUUUUGCCUCUAGCAAGCGGUGAACGAACUAUGUCACUCAAACUACAAAGGAUCGAAUUCGAGGUGUUUUAACUUCAGAGAAGAUAUAGUUAUCAUGAAAGUUUGAUGAGCCGGCUAAAGAAAUGACAAACCCUUCGAAUUUCCUAACCUUCUGGAGCCUUCUGAUUAUUUUUUGCUCAGGAUCGCGGCGACGUUGCAGCGCGUCAACCCUCACUGGGAUCAGGAGCGAAUUUUCCACGAAUCGCGGAAAAUCCUCGGCGCCAUCUUGCAGCGCAUCACCUACACAGUUAGAUCUCCAGAAAUUGUUUUCAUACUCGAUUCUCUCUCAGGAGUACCUUCCGCGAGUCCUCGGCGACGAAUUCGAACGGAGAAUCGGCGCCUAUCCCGGCUACGACAACCAGACCGAUCCCGCCGUCGCCAACGAGUUCACCAGCUGCGCUUUCCGUUUCGGCCACGGUAUGAUUCAGGUCGGAGCUUUGUUCUUUUGUAUGUUUCACCAAUGAGUUCUCAUUUUUUAAAAAGUGGCGCUUUUCUGAUUUUUCUGUAGUGUGGUUCAUACGAUUUGGUUGAUUUUGAAGCGGGAAAUCGAACUUUUUCGGAAUUAGCUUUAAAAAGCCGAUUUUGAAACGAGUUAUAUUUUCUUUUUAGAAUUGAACUUUUUUUCAAAAACAAUGAAAAGCUCUUAGAGGCAUCUAUCGAUUAGGAAUUUUAUUAAUAUUUCGGUUUUUAUAGCUGUUUUUCUUUCAAAGAGUUAGUAUAUUUCAAUUUCGGCUUCACGAGAUAAAAUAAAAUGAGUUUUACACGUUGUUUACGUCAAGUUCAUUAAAUAGGAAGAUCCAGAAGUUUCACGCAAUUUUAGUCUACUUACCGUAUCAGUAUCACAACAUUCAAUGAGUUUCAGGAGUUUUACCCCUUCCUGAACGAACGAUUCCAACAUGUUGGUGGGAUUCCUUUCAAUGAGGGCAUGUUCAAGAGCCAGCACAUCAUCAACAACGGCAUCGAUCCGCUUCUCCGUGGUCUCAUCACCUUGCCAGCCAAAAUGCCUCAGAGGUUUUGAGAAAGUUCUAUAGGAGUAAAUCUGCUGGAUGAAUAUCUCAAAUUCAAAAUAUUGACAAAAAGAAAUUCCUAGUUUUUUUGAGUAAUCAAAAAGAGAAAACAGUGCUUUAACUUUUUUUUUUUGUUUUACAGACUUACUCCAGCCGUUACUGAGCGCAUUUUCGGCAAUUCUGACUUGGGCUCGAUUAACAUUCAGCGAGGAAGGUAAACGGGAGAAAAAAAUAUUGUAAAAAUACAGGGAUCGAAAAAAUCUGGAGUUAUCGUUUCUUUUGCGAAUAUUUAGUUGCACAGUUUUUUCAGCAAGGAUCUUCAGAUUAGAGAUUUGAACUGAAAGAGUUGAAAUUUUGGUUAAAAACCAAAAAAUAAGGCGGUUCUGUUUUGUUCAUCGUCAGGUUUGAGUUAUCACUUGAAAAGAAGCCAAGAAUUUUUUUAUAGACUGAGUCGCUUUUUUAUAACCCUUAAGGGGUCAUUGUACCCCUUUUCAGCUUGUCUAAAGCUCUCUAGAAGAAUCUCUCAAUUAUAGAGACCACGGUGUCCCGCCUUACACGAAAUGGCGAAAGUUCUGCGGUUUGCCUGAGGUCAAGGACUUUUCCGACCUGAACUCGACGAUGAGCAACAAGGUGAUCAUCGACAACCUAAAAGUCAUCUACAAGCACGUUGGUAUGUUUUUCGUGAACAAGAUAACGAUUAAGGGCAAAAUGAUUGAUCUUUCCAUCGUAUUAUGCUUUUUUGUUAUGUCUUUUGGUUAGCCACGGACGUGAACUUGUUUUUUCUGGCGCAUGGCAGUAUGGAAUCAAGCCAAAUGGACAGCUUCUGAUCUAAUCGAGGCGGAAUAAACAAGAUUGAUGGAUGUUGAAAAUCGCGGAACGUUCAUGCGUUGUUUUUCGUGGGGGAUCAAAGUCUUUUAGACUUUUUAAAAGAUUUUACUGUUCAAAAACUGUGAAAAACUGAAAUUUUUCCAGUACAGCUUUCAGUUUUUUUCCUCUGGUUCAAAAGAGCAUAGAUUUCAUGAACGAAGAAUAUUUGGCCAAGUAUAUUUCAACUUUUCUCGCGAUAAACAAAUUUUCCAAGAACAAUUCUUAUGAACUGUGAAAUUCUCCUGAAAAAAAAAUAUUCCGAUAAACCUUUUUUGAAUCCUCGAAAGAAUGAAAUAUUUCCUAGACGCGAUCGACAUGUACGUCGGCUCUCUUCUCGAGGAUCCGGUUCGUGACUCUCUCGUCGGCCCGACCCUCGGCUGCAUCAUCGGCGAGCAGUUCAAACGGACUCGCAACGGAGAUCGGUUCAACCAUUUCCUUCUAGAACUCUCCAUAGUGAGUAAUUCCAACAGGUUCUUCUACGAAAACGAGAAGGUGUUCAACGGCGAGCAGCUGAGGCAAAUCAAGAAGAUCACGAUGGCGAGGGUCCUCUGCGACGCCGGAGAUCAUUUCGCCUUCGUCCCGCGCAAGGCGUUCAACGUCUUCAAGCCCACCAGCAGUGCCGACUUGUUGAGGUUGGAGAAGGACUCGGUUAACUUCAAAAAUUUUUUAAAAUUAAAAAAGCUUCAAGCAAUACGUAAGAAAGCAUCAUUUAUCUCAUACUUCAAUAUUUUGCAAUGCUAGGAAAAAAAAAACCUUUUUGAACCAAAAUUUGAAAAAUGACUUCGUUCAAUUGCUCAUUUUUGAAUACAUAUCAUUCAGAUGCGACGAAAUACCCGACAUCGACUACAAUGUAUGGAAAGAAGAGCUGGCUAUUUAA